GUUUAAGUUUACAACAUAUCCGCCAUGACAGCUGAUGCCUCUCGGUGCACUUGACGUUUCAUCAGAACAUGUCAUUUUGUACAUUUAAUUUCAACAAAUGGCAGACUCUUUUUUCGGUUUCGACACAACGCUCUUAGAAGGUAUAGAAGAUGGGCUUGAUUGCCCAUUGGAGGAGGAUGAUUUUGGUGAGGAGGAGUAUGAUGCAUUAAAUGAUGAAACUUUCGGUUCUGAAGCUACUAUUGGAGAUUGGGAGAAAGAUCAUGAAAAACUUGCAGAAAUUACAGAGUCUAGUAGAUCGCAGCAUAAAAAUGCUUCUGAUAAGAAGAAUGGUAUCAGUGUCAACAUCGAAGAUAGUUUAUCGCAUUUAGUAUUAGAUGAAAAAGAAGGAAUUGUACCUAAGCCAGGCGUAUGGGAUAGUCCUAAUAUACCACUACCCAAACCUCGACCACCUCCUUCUUUGGCAACUACCUUAAAAAAUGUGUGUACAGUGGAAGAACUGGAACGGGGUCUUAUUGCUAAUAGACCCCCGCCUGGUCUUACAAAACCAUCUCAACUACAACAACAAAAGCCAGAAGGGUCAUUUAUUUUUGAAGCUUUGUCAUUAAAUGAUAAACUUCAAAUCAAUGGCCUACCUACUUCUCGAUUUCCGCCAGGAUUAGGUCUACCUGGUCCACAUCCCAUGGUCAUGCCACCAAAUUUAAGAUUACCGCAUUCACAAUUCAUGCAACAUCCUAGAUUAUUAUCUAAUCAACCUGCUAAUGUAUUACGAUAUCCUCUACCACCGCAUGUUAUGCUACCACAAGGAGCACAAAGACAGCCAAUUCAUGGACCAUUUACUAGCAAUUUUCAUCAUCCACCUCAUCCUAAUUUAGGACCACCACAGUUCCUUCGUCAAGAUCAUCCAAUGAUGCCUCCAUUUUCUAGUAAUCAAGGUGGUCAUCAACAACAUUCUUUUCCACAUCCUGGCAAUCAAAGAAACCAGAAUAGAUUAUUUUAUUCCAAUGAACAACAAGGGAAUCAUCAGCCAUUUUUUAAGAAUAAUCAGUAUCUUCAUCGUAAUCAUGAUAGAAAUAAUCAAAGAUAUUAUCAUUAUCAACAUCACAAUCAUCCUCAAGGAAUAAAUGGUUUAAAUAAUUCUGGAGAAUAUGAUGAAUAUGCUGGUCUUAUGAGUAGUAGAGAAAAACAAUGGUUAAUCAAUAUUCAAUUGCUCCAAUUAAAUACAAACCAACCAUAUGUUGAUGACUACUAUUAUACAGUAUUUUGUGAUCGACAAAAUAAAUUAAAUGCAAACCAAGAGCAGAAAGAUAAAAAACAUAAUAAUAAUAAUGGAUUUCAAAAAGAUUCUAGGAAUCGCGAACAACCUCAACAUGUUGCAUCAAAAGUUGUAUAUAUCCCAGCACAAUUUGAGAAUUCAUUAGGGAAGCUGCAAUUUAGUAGUGUUACUGCGCCUCGUAAAAUAAUCGAUAUGGAUGUUGUUCCCAAUAGUGAUCCACAUUCAACUUUGCAAUCUCAACAAAAAGAUACCAAAAAGACAAGACAAUUGUUCCUUGAAAUUGAAAGGAUGUAUACAAUACUGUUGAAAAUUGAAGAUCUAAAUAAUCCUUUAGCUGUGCUUUCGGAACAACAACAACAACAACAACAGCAACAGCAACAGCAACAACAACAACAGGACAGUGAAACAGAGACAAACACUGUUAAAAAAACAGGUGCUGAAUUAAUCUGCAUGAUGUUAACGUCUAUUUCUCAGCUAAUACAAGAUGACAAAAUAGCUAGUAUGCUUAGUAUUCGUAAAGGAAAGACAUUGCUAUUGAGAUUUUUACCUCUUUUAAAUGUAAUCGAAUACAGUAGCCAAUUGGAAGAUUUAUGGACCUGUGUAUUGAGAAGUUUAGCAAUUAUAGGUCGUAGAGACACACAUUUAUUGACAAAUUUUUAUGCCGAGUUUCGAAGGUGGCUUGACACUGUACAAGAUUUUAAUACAGUACUGCGACUUACAAGAGCAUUAUCCGAAUCUGCUGCUCAACCUGUGAAAAAUAAUAGUUUAGUUUUUGCUCUCGUAAACAAGUUCGGUGUAUCUGUACUAGCCUCACUUUUUGAACGAGCAGAGAAGUUAUAUCCUACAAAUGAAACUUUAUCUUCUGAUUGGUCCAAUUUUAUAAUUACUCUUGUUGAACUAAUUGGUGAUACAUCACCUUGUGUAGCUCCCUGUCAACCAGUCGCUGCAAAUACACUUAACCAACAUUUAAGUCGGAUUUCCAGUUUAAAAAUUGACAGGUACAGAGUAUUAGAACUUUUGUUAACUGAUGCCAACUCUUCACGAUAGUGUGAUAUUACUUGUUUUUGACGAUUUUUUAAAAGUUUGUUUUUCAAAAUGCAAAAAGUAAUAUAGACUUGCAAAAUAUUUUAUUAUUCUAGUUAGUAAUCUUAUUAAGGUAUCCAUUACCUAUGAGUAUAUUCGAAAAAUACUGGGUACUAUAGUUUUACAUGAUAGAAAAUAAUUUUAUAUGGGAAAUAUUAAGCGAUAUAACAAUUUAACCUUUAUCUUAGAUUUUGAUCUAAUAAUUUUGAAUUUUGUAUCUUUAUACUGCAUGUAACUUUGUUUAAUAAUUGCAAGAGAAGGUAUUGUUGUAAUUUUUGUAAUAUUUCAACUGAACUAUAAUAAGAAUAGUAAAUAAUAUAACUUCAACUUCUAUGAUUUCUAUUUCUGCUACUAAUUUCUUCUUUUCCAUCAAAAAGCUACAUGUAAAACUGGUAUCUAGUGUGAUCCAUAUUGCACAUCUUAUCUUCCUGUAGUAAUCAUUCUAUAUUAUUUAUAACAAAAAACAUUUUGUGAUUUAUUCAAAUAAUAAAUAAUAUGAAAGCAUAAGUACUAAUAUCAUUGGUAUAACAUUUAAUAAUUUAUUAAGUUGUAAAAUAAAUAAGUUCGGUUGCAAAUAUAUGAACAUGUUCUAAUUAUAAGUGAAUACAACCAAACUUAUUUGUAUUACAAUCCGAUAUAUUUGCAUAUCAAUAUGUUUUGUAAAUUUGAAUUAUGAUAUAAUAACUAUUGAUUUUAUAUAUUUUUUUUACAUAUAUGAAGUCACGAAUUUCAUAUUUAAUUUAUAAUGUAUAUUACUAUUAGCAAAAUUUAAAACCAAUGAUAAUUGUACUUGUAUCAAUUAAAAGAAUAUGAAAAUACCAAUCUUUAUUGUUAAGAUUAUAGGCCACCUUUUGGCUUAGUUUAAAAUAUAUUUUUGUCGGCAUUAAGCAUCAUAACAAUAUCACAAAACUCAGUGUUAUCAAUGUAUGUAGUCAAAAUAGGAAUUAGAUGCUCAGCUUUUGCAAAACUUAUCACACGUUAAUAAAAAGUAUUUUCUUAAAAUUAACUUAUUAAAUGCAUGAAGCAUUAUAUAUAGAUACGUAUACGUUUCAAAUUAUAAUUCAGUUGAUGAAGCUAAAAUAUAUCAUAAAUUUAUGCUCCUUUUAGAAUAAAAAGGAUAACUAUAAAAUUAUCUAAGUACUGCAAAAAAUAUAACUCCAAGAAAAGCAUCUCUAUUGGUUACUUUGUGUUAUGCUUUGAAUAUUAUUAUGAAAAUAAGAAUAUUGCAAUCAUUGCAUAAGUUUGUAUACAUGUAAGAAAAAGUAUAGCCUUUUUACAAUGAUUAUUAUAUUAAGAGACUAAAUUCAACUUCCGUGAGUUCCAGAAUUAUAAACAUGUGAUAAUGUUGAAUCUGCUAUAGUUGCAACAAUGGUUAAAGCCUUGUCAAUGUUAAAGCCAGGGAAUGUUUUCUUUCUUAAGUGAAUGUUAUUAGAUACGAAAUCUAUAAUCACUUUAAUACAGUGAAAUUACAAUUUACAUCAUAAUGAAUUUGCAAUACUAUAAGAAUCUAAAAUGUAAACUAUAUAAUGACAUGGCCUUUAGUACACGAUGUAAGUUGAUUACUUUUUAUUGCAGUAUAUAUUAAUACAAUCUUACCUUAUGUACGUCUAGUUUGUACAUAGAGGAAUACUGAUGAGUGAAUGACUUCGUAUAUUUUGUAAUUGGAUGCAGAAAAGUUUUGCUUUUCGCGCCCAUAAUAUGAUAUUGCAUCAUUUUGCAAAAAAAUAAUUGAAAAACUUACAAAAAAAAAUAAUCUUGUUAUUUUAUAAUUUUAAUAACAGAGUUGUAAAGAGGUAGUUAAUUCGAUUGAAUCCUGAAAGCAUGUAAACGAGAACUAAUAAUGUAGAAAAGCACUGUAUCGCUCUUUUUAAGCAUAGAGAUAGAUGAUAAAUAUAAUUUCACUGUAAUAUAUACUUGCAAAAUUUAUAUCUGUGUAUAUAACAAAUUUCAAUUUUGAAAUUUGAAUAUUUCACAGAUGCUGAAUGAAUAGCUCUUACUUCCAACUUCGCAUCUUAUAUAUAUAUAUAUAUAUAAAGAAAUAUGUAUGUAUAUACAAGCAUAUAUAUAUAUAUAAGCUAAUAUAUAUAUAUAUAAGCAAAUAUAUAUAUAAGCAGAUAUGUAUAUGUAUAUAUGUUCGUAUUUAAGUAUGAAUCUAGUUCAUACCUAAAUAUUACAAGAAUUUUCAUUCAUUUUUGCAUUAGGAACUUAUCUUCAUGUGUACAUUAUGAACAUAAGAAUUAAUACUUAUAUAUUCGGAAACAUCUGUAUCUCACGUCAACGACCAGCGAUCAUUCAUUUAUAUGCGAUCAUUUUCCACAGUCUACAAACUUGUUUUCAUGUUAUGCAUUAUGUUAUGACCAUUGCUAUGACAAUUUUUAUUCAACAAGUAGGAAUAUAUAAUAUUAUUAAAUACUUAAUGCACAAAAUUCAUUUGGUAGAAGACAUGAUACUAUUUGAUAUAAAAAAACAUUACGUGUUUUAUGAGUAAUUUAAGAAUAUGUUUUGAACUAUCAAAACCAAUAUAAGUCCUAACUAGCCCAAAAGUUACACUACAUUCUUCUUAUCACGUAACUGGGCUGCUCUGAGUUGAGAAAAAGCUCAUAGCAAAUAUAAUAUGUCUGCUGUCACAUAAAAGAUUUUAAAUAAAUAAAAUUUUAUUAUUGUAGUAAUAUAAAAAUAUAUUUGUGUUAGGACUUGCAUUAGAUUACGAUGGUUCAACCAAUACUUAAGUUAUAUAAAAUCACUAAUGAUAUUGUUUCCAAAUUAUUUUUUGAUGCCUUCAAUCGACCUAUUUAUACAUAUGUUUAAAACAAAUAGGACGAUGAGGCUAAUUAUAUACUGUUGAAAUACGAGCUUGUAUGAAUGUAAAUUUAACAAUUUCAUAAACGAUUUUAAGAUUCUACCAAAAUGAUGUAUUAAUAUAAAAAAUCUUUUUAUUAAUUCUUUUCUCAUUCUGUAGAAUCAUGCAUAUUUAUUUAAUACUUGACUUGCCAUAAUUAAUUUUAAGAAUUUUCUCAUUACUUCAAUCUCAUUGCCAGCUAUUACACAUCUAACAUAUUAUUGUUAACGAUGUAGUAAUAAAGCUAGAGAUUCAUACAUGCUCAUAUAUAACAGUACAUGUCUGUUUAAAUUUAUUAAUAUGUGAAAUGAAAAAUAUAAUAAUUAUACAUCAUCUCGAUAAUGUACUUUUGUAAUGCCAAUUAAUUAUUACAUGCUUUUGUUAAUACAUGCCUUUAACGCGUUCGAGAUCGCAAGUACAUUGCAAGAAAUCAAAUAGUACUUUUUGUCCAAGUAAAAAGUAUGGAAAGAUUAAAAAAGGAAAAAAAGAAAAUUAAAGAAAAAAGAAAAGGUAUAUAAUGUCUUCUUGUAAACUAGCUAAUGUGGUUGAAUUGGAAAAGAGACUUGCGUUUGAUUUUUACUUAAAGAUAUAUUUUUAUAGAAGUACUAUGUUUAUUCUGUUUAAACAAAAUUAUUGUAAUAGAACCCUACAAUUAAGGAUCGUUAUUUUAACGUCUCUCAAGAGAUCCUUAUAUAGUUUACUACAUAUAUUAUGCAUGUAUUAUGUACUCAAUGGUACUCUUGUACAUGAAAAAAAAAAAAAAAAAAAAAAAGGGAGAGAUAAAACUGUAAAUUUAUUAUACAGUAUAGGAGGAUACUUGUAGCUGUUGUGUAUGUACAGAAUUGACCUAAUUUGAAAUCAAAGUCCUAAAUAAAUGUUUUGCAUCCUA